AUGGACUUUUCACGCACCCCUGCACCCUUGGCCGGAUCGUCCCAUGUCUGCACCAACCCGAGUGUCACCGCUAGCAUGGGCACCGCGGACGCCGUUGAGCACACGAGCGUGCCCUGUAGUGGCGCCCGCGCGAAGAGGCGCUGCAAGUACACGACCAUCGCGGUCGACCCCUCCGUCCCUUCCCUCCCAAUGACUCAGUUCGGGGAUUUUGCUCCUCUCUGCCAUACUGUCCCGUCUUACCCGUGGUGCAACCUCUUCUACCGUCAGCUCGAAGACAACGAUCGUUCGGUUCUGGUCAGCAUAUCCGCAGAUCCCGCCUCUGCACCUGUCGGCGUAAAUCCAUAUUGUGGCACCCUCCGUCUAGGUCACGAUCAUUCGUCCGGAAAUGUCGCGAACAUUGUCGUCUGUGCAGUGAGCAUAGUCUUUGUAGGCUGGUUGCUUUUCCUCGCGCGGAGGAGAAAAGCCGCUGUCGGUCGAAUAGAGUUCUGCCAAUUUCUCACUCUGUACUUCCUCACUCUUCCUUUCCAACUCAUCACUACUGGCUCUUUCCUUGAGCAAGGCUCAACACCGCUCACAGCUAUCACAGCGGUGCAUGCCGGUCUAGUCGCAGCAACUUUUUGGGCGCUUUUGGGCAACGCGCUUGUGAGCACGCAGCUCGUCGAAGAUGGGACUCUUGCCUCACUCAUCCCCUUCAAUUUUCUUAUCUUGGCAUUCUUCGCUGCUACGACUUACAUAUCGCUGGACGUUGGCUUCACACUUACGCAUGUAUUCGGACCAUCAAAUCCACCACAGAACCUGCACAGCGUGCCCGUUUUCGUCUUGACUUCAAUAUGGCCUGGCGCCGCUGCAAUCAUUUAUUUCCUCUUAAUGAUAUAUGUUGUAUUGGGUAUCUUGAAUGAAUUCCGCCCGAUCUGGUACUAUGUACUGGCCAUGAUUCUUUUCGUCCUCAGCCAAUUAGAUUAUUUCUUGUUGAACAAGGUUAUAUGCGAGGGCACAUCGGCAAAAAUCGACGGCUCGUUCGUAGCGACGAUUCUCGAAACAGCAGCUGUCGGUAUACUUUAUAUGGGAUGGCGAAGUAUCACUGAGGGGUCGUGGGACGAGAAUGUCUAUUAUCCUUGGUGA